CUGGGGUUAUGGUGCUUCAUCAUAUUUUUCAAGUGUGCUAACGAGUGAACACAAAUAUAUCUGGACGAAGAAGAAAAAAACAUAAAAAAUCUGCAAUUUGACCUGAAACCAAAUUCAAGAUAAAAAAGGAGAAGUCUUUGUGUUGUAUAUUGCAAAUCCCGGGAGAAAAAAUUCCUCAGAAAACCAUUGUUUUGGUUUCGUUUCUUGUUGACCAAAACUCGAUGAAUCUUCAAGCCGUUUCUUGUAGCUUCGGCUGCGCUUCUUGCGUUUCACUUCACUCUUACAAAGCCUCAUUCCGACGCAGCUUUACUAUCCGAGCGAAAUCGGAACCGUCGGAGAAAUCUAUUGAGAUCAUGAGGAAGUUCUCUGAGCAAUACGCUCGUAGGUCAGGAACUUACUUCUGUGUUGAUAAAGGAGUUACCUCUGUUGUUAUUAAGGGAUUGGCUGAGCAUAAAGAUUCAUAUGGAGCACCACUUUGCCCUUGCAGACACUACGAUGAUAAAGCUGCUGAGGUUGGACAAGGGUUUUGGAAUUGCCCUUGUGUUCCAAUGAGAGAGAGAAAGGAGUGCCAUUGUAUGCUUUUCUUAACUCCUGACAACGACUUCGCUGGCAAAGAUCAGACUAUUACAUCAGAAGAAAUAAAGGAAACCACAGCUAAUAUGUGAGAGAGAGAUAGAAUCGCUUUGUGUAUAUUGUAAUUUGUAAUGUACAUCGGUAUAUUGAUAAAAACCAAUUAUCUUCUUCCUUCUUUUAAGCAAUGCUACACAUUUUGAAAUGCU